AAUGAUGCAUUUAUUUCUAUAAGAAAAAUAUAAUUGUAUUGAUAUUAAUUUAAGAGUUUAUGAAUUUUAUGAGAUAUUUAAUAUUUAAAUAAUUAAGCUAACAUUUACAAGCAUUGAAAAAGUAAUAUCUGCUCCUUCUUCUCUUAAAUCCCUCUCAUAUAUUUACAAAGUGUUGAUUUUUUUAUUCUUAGUGAGUACGUCGAAUGAUAAAUAUGCAUGGACUUAACUUUAAGAGGAUGGUAAUAAUUUGUUUUUUGAUUUGUUUCUGUUCUAUAGAUCUUCCUAGAAACCAAUUCUUCCCGCCAUCUAUGCUACCAGAAAAGGAUAAUUAGAAGAACAGCAAUUGUAAAUUGCACAUUGGGAACCUUCCUCUGCAGAUAACUGAGGAAACCUUGCAUCGAGUAUUCUCAAAAUAUGGGCAGAUAAAGGAAGUGAAGAUAAUUCGAAAAAAUAGUCAAGGGGUUUAGUUUAUUAUUUAAAUUAUAAUAAGUAACCUUUGAAAGAUUAUUGCUAUGGGUUUGUUCUUAUGUGCGAUGGUGAGGGAGCAUAGAAUGCAGUUACCGAAUUGAAAUAAAAUAGUCCUUUGGGGACUACUUGGACAGUUGCAUUUAGUAAGGACAAAAAUGAUGUAUGUUUGUAUAUGGUUAAAUAAAUGAAGGACAUUGUAGGGACUGGCCAUCAGAAAUCUGAGAAGAUAAGGAAGAAGGAUAAAUCAAAGGAGAGAUUCAAGAAGGACAAGACGAAGCCAAAAAAGAAGGUUGUAAUAUUAAUUCAUAAACGAAUAAGAAAUCGGAAACAUCUUCAUCAUCCGAUUCUUCAAUAGCAAGAUCGGAUAAAAAACAAAAAAAAUAAAAAAAGAAGAAGCAAUCAAGUUCCUCUGAAUCAUCUUCAUCCAAAUUGCCAACCAGAAGUGCCCUUGUUAAAAUAGAAAGUAAGCCAAAUGAUAGCAAUCUUUUCGAUAUGGUGUUUUCAGGUGAACUAUAGCCCCAUUCUUUGUAUUAAUAAGUAUACCUAUUCUUUCUAAAUAGCCAUAAUCGCAAUAUUAAAUUAAACAUAAUGUGCAUGUAAGAGAGUUAUUCAUAUCUGGUAUUCCUUAAUCUAAAACCCAAUCUGACAUCUAAAGAAUCUUCUCUCAUUAUGGAAUAGUAGAAAGAAUAGACAUAAUACCAAAGUAAAUAGCAAACUUUGCAUAUGUCAAAUUUAAGAAACUGGAUGCUGUCAAUUAAGCAAUCCAAAACCAACAAUUUAUCACUGACCAACUUGAUGGUACAGGAAAUGUCAAAAUAUAUCCAUCAGAUCCCUUUAAAAGAACUCAGAUUGUAGGCAAUGCCGAGGAUACCGAAAAAGUAUUCAUUUAUAUUACAACUCAGGAUGAAGACAUGCUACCUAUAAUGUUUAUAGGAUUUCCCCCCAAUCAAAGUUUCACAAUUGAUGAGAAGUUCCUCAAAAAAAUGGCUUAGAAAUAUGGAGGAGAUGUCAAAGGAGUUCAGCUUUUCCAACCUUAAUCUCCAUAACUAAGAUCCUAUGUUCUUAUAGAGUUUUCAUAACUUAGAGAUUGCAAAAAGGCCAGAAGAAAGUUCUGCAGGUACAAGAUACAAAUCCUGGGAGAUAAGAAAUGCGAUGUAGCAAUAUUAUCAAAUUAUUCCUCUAAUCCCUAGAAUAAGAAAUAAGCCAAUCCCUAUAUGCCAUAUGGAAUGGGUAUUCAAUAUCAUUCACUAUUAUAGAUUAUAUGACACCCAAUUAACAAAUGCCUAUGCACAUGAUGUCCAGAUAGUUCUAGCCCUAAAUGCCUAUGAUGCAACCUUAUCCAACAUAACCCUUGCCUUAACAACAAUUCUAACAGUCUCAUUAUGGAGAUUACAAUCAAAUGCCGAUAAUGUAUCCUCAAUAGCAAUAAAAUCAAUAAUAAAUGAUGUACCUUAAAGCUUAGUCUCAAUUGCCCUUUUCCCCUUAAUCACAAACCCAACAAUAAUUUAGGCCUCAUCAAUAAUAGCCAAUGAACACUUAUUACUAAUAAGUACAAACUCCAUAGCCAUUAAAUCAAAAUUAUACUCAACAACAAUUCAUGGAUAUGAUCAUGCCUCCACCUUAACCAACUAAAAUUGAAGAUUCAAAUGCCACCUUUUGGAGUGGAUAUAUGAAUAGAGGCAAAUAACAUAGAGUUGGAAUUGACGCUCGGAUGUAUAGUGCUGCCAUUGAUAGAAACAAAAGUAAAUUAGCAUCUAAUUAUUUAGUCAAUUUACCUAGUAAUCUAGAGAUGAGUUAUUUAUGUUCCUAUCAAGAUGCCUACCAACGAGCUAUUCAAGAUUAAUCUGCUGUUCUCAUAUUUAGUCCAGCCUAAGAAUCAGAUAUUCCAAAAUUCUCAGAAUACGUAUAAUAUUUGAGAAGCAAAGUAACAAUUUUAUUUGUAUUCCAAAAAGCAAAGAGCUGGAGUCAUUUAAACCGAGAUAUAUUCCAUUUAUGUGAUACCUCCUGGAGUACAAGAAGCACAAUAAAUCUGCAAUAUCAACUAAUAGGAAAUGAUUGCCAUUUAUUGUAAUAAGGAUUUAAAGAUAUGA